CCUCGGCAGCUUUGCCUCGCCUAAACUUCUAUUCCAUCGGUUCCAGGCGGAAGUCAUCGGAGCGCCGGAAGUUCCCCAGCUACCGCAGGAAAGCGCUCGCGGGUAGCACGCGGCGCCAGUUGCCAUGGAGCCGGCCGGGCCCUGCGGUUUCUGCCCGGCCCGGGAGGCCCAGCCAGCGCGCUACACCUGCCCGCGCUGUAACGUGCCCUACUGCUCGCUGCGCUGUUACCGGGCGCAUGGCACCUGCGCCGAAGUCUUCUACCGAGAACAGGUGCUGGGAGAGCUCCGCGGCCGCAGCGCCUCGCCCAGCCGCCUGGCCAGCGCCCUACGCCGGCUGCGUCAGCAACGCGAGACCGAGGACCAGCCCGAGGAAGCAGGCCUCAGCCCUGGCCCGGCGCCCGGCGGCCUCUCAGGACUCUGGGAGCGGCUGGCGCCGGCGGAGAAGGCGACCUUCGAGCGGCUGCUGAGCCGCGGCGAGGCCGGGCGGCUGCUGCCCCCGUGGCAGCCGUGGUGGUGGGGCCACGGGGCCGGACCACGGCUUCUGGAGGAGCUGGAUGAUGCUCCGGGCAAUGACGCUGCGGAGCUGGAGCCCGCCCCUGCGAGGACCCCGCUGGAAUCCGUGAGGAAUGCCGCUCCUGCGGAGCCCGUGGCCGCUGAGCCAGUUCUUGGAGACGCCCCGGGGGCCUGCACGCCUUCCGUGCCCACCCGCAUCCCCGCGCUGGCCAGCCUGAGCCGCGGCCCGGUCUCUCCGCUCGUGCGCUUCCAGCUGCCCAACGUGCUGUUCGCCUACGCGCACACUCUCGCCCUGUAUCAUGGUGGUGACGACGCACUGCUCUCCGACUUCUGUGCCACGCUCCUCGGCGUCUCUGGAGCCCUGGGCGCCCAGCAAGUCUUCGCCUCUGCGGAGGAAGCCCUGCAGGCAGCAGCCCACGUGCUGGAAGCCGGCGAGCACCCGCCUGGGCCCCUGGGAACACGAGGUGCUAUGCACGAGGCCGCCCGUAUCCUGCUGGGCUCGGGCCCUGCCAACCAGAAAGGCUACACGCUGGCUGCACUUGGGCACCUGGCACAGACCCUGGGCCGGGCCCGGAAAGAGGCUGUGGCCAGGGAAGAACGAGAUCGCUUCUACCGGGCCCGGAAGAAGUGCCAGUUCCUGAUGGCCUGGACCAACGAAAAUGAGGCGGCCCUCACGCCCCUAGCCCUAGACUGUGCCAGGGCCCACAGAGCCCAUGCCAUGGCAGCCGAGGAGGUGGCAGCCCUCACUGGGGAGCUGGAGCGGCUUUGGGGAGGCCCUGUGCCACCUGCCUCAAGGAUUCUCAUUGAGGAGCUCCCUGGCUGAACUGGGGACCUUUGUCAUUAAUAAAGCUGUGACUGAUCUGC